ACUCGUCCUUUACUAGUACUCCAAGUUAAGUUCGACUCAUUGACUAUGGAUAUAACGAAGUUCUUCCUGGAAAAAGGCGACUCGGGGUCUAAACGGAAGAAGACCGCAUCUACCAAAACUAAAAAGGAUGAAGGUCCGGUUUUGAAAAAGCCAAAGACAACCACCAAAACUGAAGCAAGUAAGUACUUUGGCUCUGGUGAAAAGUCUUCUUCAAAAAAAUCGGAAUCUUCUCCAAGUAGACCUUCAAGAAAUAAAGCAAAACCCAAUUAUGUCAAUUUAGAUUCUGAUGAAGACAUGGAUGACGACCAGGAUGACUAUAAACCUGGGAAGGAAGAAGAAGAAGAGGACGAUGAUGACGGAGACGUGAAAGAAGAAGACGAUGACAAAGACGAUUUGCAAGAAGUUGAGCCACCCAAGCCAUCUCCAAAGAAACGUGCUUCUGCUCCAAAGAAAACCACCGCCAAAACAGAAUCUAAAUCAACCCUGAAUAAUAAGUCAGACAGCGGAGAAACUGCUGAAGAAAUAUUGGCGAAGAUUCCAGAUGCCAAAUUACCAGAGCCAGUGGAAGGAACUUUCAAUUACCAUGCGGCAAUGGCCAGUAAAAGUAAAAUUCAACAAACUGGUGAAACUGUUGAAUUGAACGAAGCAAAGCCAUUUUGUUUAUCUGGCUUAACCAUUGUCUUCACUGGUAUUUUACCAAGACUUGACCGUGAAGCCUCAGAGAAUUUAGCUAAAAGAUAUGGCGCAAAAGUGACCAAAUCAAUUUCUGGUAAAACUAGUUUAGUAGUACUUGGAGAAGAAGCGGGUCCAUCUAAAGUUAAGAAAAUCAAAGAUUUGAAGAUCAAAGCAAUUGAUGAAGAUGGUUUUAUUCAAUUGAUCAAUAGUAUGCCAGCUGAAGGAGGUGAUGGGGCAUUGGCCAAUGCAGCUAAAGAAAGAAGAGAAUCUGAAGAGCGUAAAAUUCAAGAAGAAGCUCAAGCCUUAGCCAAAGAAGAAGAGCGUCAAGAAAAGGAGAAAUUAAAAAAACAACGUGAAAACAAGUUGAAAAACUCCCAAUCGGGUUCCAGACCACCACCAGAAGAAGCAAGAGUAAUUCCAAAUAGUGAAAAGCUUUGGACGGUUAAAUACCAUCCGACAAACACUAACCAAUUAUGCGGUAAUAAAGGACAAGUACAAAAAUUAAGAACCUGGCUAUCCAACUGGUUUAUUAAUCAGAAAAAAGGAUUUAAAGAGACUGGUAAAGAUGGAUCUGGAUCAAGAGCAUGUUUAAUCAGUGGACCCCCAGGAAUUGGUAAGACCACAUCAGCACAUAUAAUUGCCAAAGAGUUAGGUUUUGAUGUAUUAGAGAAAAAUGCAUCUGAUGUUCGAUCCAAAUCGUUAUUAAAUAGUAAUUUAAAAUCGGUUUUAAAUAAUACAUCAGUUGUUGGAUUUUUCAAGCAUCAAAAUGAUAAAGAGCAUAAUGAAAAUGAACGGAAAUUUUGCUUAAUUAUGGAUGAGGUUGAUGGUAUGUCAAGUGGUGAUCAUGGAGGAGCAGGAGCAUUAUCAGCAUUUUGUCGUAUAACUAAUAUGCCAUUAAUAUUAAUUUGUAAUGAUAAAUCAUUACCAAAGAUGAGAACCUUUGAUAGGGUUACUUAUGAUUUACCAUUUAGAAGGCCACUGGAACAAGAGGUUAAAUCUAGAUUAAUGACAAUAGCCAUGAGAGAAGGAAUUAAAUUAGAUCCCAUUGUUAUUGGACAGUUAGUUGCCGCUACUCAUAACGAUAUUAGACAAAUGAUAAAUUUAUUAUCGACGGUUUCAAAGACACAGAAAAAGAUUGGACCAGAACAAAGUAAAGAUAUAGCUAAAAGUUGGCAAAAACAUACUAUAUUAAAACCUUUUGAUAUUACUGGGAGAUUAUUAAAUGGACAGAUAUAUAAUGCUAAUUCGAAUCAUACAUUAAAUGAUAAGAUAAAUUUAUAUUUUAAUGAUAUUGAUUUUACACCAUUAAUGAUUCAAGAAAAUUAUCUUUACACCAGACCGAGUGGAGCAGAAUCUAGUAAAGAUCAUUUGGCAAGGGUAGCACAAGCUGCCGAUGAUAUAUCAAUAUCGGACGGAGUUAAUAGUUUAAUUAGAUCUAGUGAACAACAAUGGAGUUUAUUACCCUUCCAUGCAAUCAUGUCCUCGGUUAAGCCAUCACUGGAAGUUGCAGGAAGUAUAAGUCAACGAAUUAACUUUGCUGGAUGGUUAGGACAAAAUUCGAAAGCAUUAAAAUAUCAAAGGUUAUUACAAGAAAUUCAAUAUCAUUCAAGAUUACGUACAUCUACUGAUAAAACCGAAUUACGAUUAGAUUAUAUCCCAUUAUUACUUUCCAGAUUAACUGAACCAAUUUUACAAGAUGGAGAAUCAGGAAUUGAGUCAGUAAUCGAAAUGAUGGAUUACUAUUACUUAACCAAAGAAGACUGGGAAUCGAUCAUCGAUUUGGGUAUUGGUAAUUCAAAAGGAGAUGCCAUUUUGAAAAAAAUCCCAACAAAAGUUAAAACGUCCUUCACAAGAAAGUACAAUUCAACCAAUCAUCCAGUUGCUAUUUAUAGAACCGGGAACUCCUUGGGACUGGGUAAAAAUACUAAAAAGGAUAAAGUUGACUUUGAUGAUGUAAUUGAAGAUGAUACAAAUCUCCCCGAUGAAAUUGAAGAAGUUGAAGAUGAGGGUAAAAUCGAUGCUAAAAAAGAUAAAUUAAUCAAGCAAAUCAAAUCAAAACCAACUAAAAAGCCGAAAAAGAAAUAAUCUCUACAUAUAUCCAUUUAAGUAAACGAAUAUAGCUUACUUCGCAGAU